GUGGCAGGGAAGCAAAGCAAGGUCCCCCAUCUUUCGGCAAAACGGCGCCUAGUCGGAACACCUCUUUUCCAUUCCGACUCACCAACGCAACCAAUCAUGUUUCACGAUUGAGUGAAGGACUCUGUUAAUAGGGUUUCCUUUCUUUUUCUCAAUUAGAAUUGUGGUGAGUCCGAGAUUCCAAAAAAGAAAAAGAAAAUGUCUCUGAGAAUCAAAGUGGUGGUGGACAAGUUCGUACAGGAGCUCAAGGAGGCUCUGGACGCCGAUAUCCAAGACCGAAUCAUGAAGGAGAGGGAGAUGCAGAGCUACAUCGAAGAACGCGAACGCGAAGUCGCCGAGCGCGAAGCUGCUUGGAAAGCCGAGCUCUCUCGCCGUGAGGCAGAAAUUGCCAGACAAGAAGCAAGGCUGAAAAUAGAGAAGGAAAACCUUGAGAAAGAGAAAAGUGUUCUGAUGGGAACUGCAUCAAAUCAAGAUAACCAAGAUGGAGCUCUUGAAAUCACUGUAAGCGGUGAGAAGUAUCGCUGUCUUAGGUUUGCCAAGGCAAAAAAAUGAUUGCAUUAGAAAGCAGGAUGAAAGGAAAAAAAAACACAGCUAAUCCUCAGCUUGGGUUAUUAGAAGUUGUACUUGCUUGGGAAUUUCACAAAUUUCAUUCUUUGUAUGAAAUCUCUCCAAUUCUUGUAUAUCCAGGCAUAUAAUUGCAAGCAUUGCCCAAAGUCAUGUCAUUUGUUUUGAUUGAAAAGGGUGAGCAGCUUUUUGCGUGCUCGAAAACAAAUUAGUUUUUAGUCAUGAUUCUAGAAGACGGUGAAGUACUGUAGUUCGGAUUCUUUUUGUGCUAAAAGAUUACUUGA